AUGGCGGCGGAUCUGAACCUGGAGUGGGUCUGCUCCCUGCCCCGCUCCUGGACCUACGGGAUCACCAGGGGCGGCCGCGUCUUCUUCAUCAACGAGGAGGCCAAGAGCACCACCUGGCUGCACCCCGUCACCGGCGAGGCCGUGGUCACCGGCCACCGGCGCCAGAGCACAGAUUUGCCCACUGGCUGGGAAGAAGCAUAUACUUUUGAAGGUGCAAGAUACUAUAUAAACCACAAUGAAAGGAAAGUGACCUGUAAACACCCAGUCACAGGACAGCCAUCACAGGACAAUUGUAUUUUUGUGGUGAAUGAACAGACUGUCCCAACUAUGACAUCCGAAGACAAGAAGGAACACUCUAUAAGUAUGACCAACGAAGCUUCUAACUAUAACAUGACUUCCGAUUACGCAGUACAUCCAAUGAGCCCUGUCGGCAGAACCUCACGGGCUUCGAAAAAAGUUCAUAAUUUUGGAAAGAGAUCAAAUUCAAUCAAAAGGAAUCCUAAUGCACCGGUGGUCAGACGAGGUUGGCUUUAUAAGCAGGACAGCACUGGCAUGAAGCUAUGGAAGAGACGCUGGUUCGUGCUCUCCGACCUCUGUCUCUUCUAUUAUAGAGAUGAAAAAGAAGAGGGUAUCUUGGGAAGCAUACUGUUGCCUAGCUUUCAGAUAGCUAUGCUUACCUCUGAGGAUCACAUCAAUCGCAAAUAUGCUUUUAAGGCAGCCCAUCCAAACAUGCGGACCUAUUAUUUCUGCACUGAUACAGGAAAGGAGAUGGAAUUAUGGAUGAAAGCCAUGUUAGAUGCUGCCCUCGUACAGACAGAACCUGUGAAAAGAGUGGACAAGAUCACAUCUGAAAACGCACCAGCGAAAGAAAUCAAUAACUUUCCCAACCAUCGAGUGCUGAUUAAACCGGAGGUCCAGAAUAAUCAGAAAAACAAGGAAAUCAGCAAAAGUGAAGAAAAAAAAGCGCUAGAAGCUGAAAAAUACGGAUUUCAGAAGGAUGGUCAAGAUAGACCACUAACAAAAAUCAAUAGUGUCAAGUUGAAUUCUCUGCCAUCUGAAUAUGAUGGGUCAACAGGCCCGGCUCAGACCGGACACUACAGGCCGGUCAAUAUGAAUAGUUCAGAGAACAAAACAGUCAAUGUUAGCCUGGCGGAUCUCAGAGGGGGCAGUCACCCAAACGCGGGGCCCUUCCACCCAGAGGCUGACCGCAUCAUACAAAGAACCAACUCAAUGCAGCAGCUGGAGCAGUGGAUUAAAAUCCAGAAGGGGAGGGGUCAGGAAGAAGAAGCCAGAGGAGUACUUUCUUACCAAACGUUACCAAGGAAUAUGCCCAGCCACCGAGCCCAGGUCGUGGCCCGCUACCCUGAAGGGUAUAGAACACUCCCGCGAAACAGCAAGACCAGGCCCGAGAGCCUGUGCAGCGGCACCCCGUCCCCGCAUGACAAGGCGGUGGGGCCCGGCGCCGAGGAGAAGCGGAGGUCCAUGAGGGACGACACCAUGUGGCAGCUGUACGAGUGGCAGCAGCGCCAGUUCUACAACAAGCAGAGCACCCUCCCCCGGCACGGGACCCUGACCAGCCCCAAGACCAUGGUGAACAUCUCGGACCAGACCAUGCACUCGAUCCCCACGUCGCCGUCCCACGGCUCAAUAGCUGCUUACCAGGGAUACUCUCCCCAGCGCACCUACCGGUCCGAGGUGACCUCGCCGAUUCAGAGAGGAGACGUGACGCUAGACCGCAGGCACAGGGCCCACCACCCGAAGCAUGUCUAUGUGCCUGACAGGAGGUCAAUGCCAGCUGGCCUGACUCUACAGUCUGUCAGUCCCCAGAGCCUGCAAGGCAAAACACUGUCACAAGAUGAAUGCAGAGGCACCUUAUACAAAUACAGGCCUGACGAAGUAGAUAUUGAUGCCAAGUUAAGCCGUCUCUGUGAACAAGAUAAAGUGGUACAUGCUCUGGAAGAGAAACUCCAGCAACUCCACAAGGAGAAAUACACGCUUGAGCAAGCUUUGCUCUCCGCCAGCCAAGAGAUAGAAAUGAAUGCCGAUAACCCAGCAGCCAUCCAGACAGUGGUGUUGCAGAGGGAUGAUUUACAAAACGGGCUGCUCAGCACGUGUCGAGAGCUUUCGCGAGCCACUGCCGAACUGGAGCGAGCAUGGAGAGAAUAUGAUAAGUUAGAAUACGAUGUAACUAUUACCAGGAACCAGAUGCAAGAGCAGCUAGAUCGCCUUGGUGAAGUUCAGACCGAAUCAGCAGGAAUUCAGCGUGCACAGAUUCAGAAAGAACUUUGGAGAAUUCAGGAUGUCAUGGAAGGCCUGAGUAAGCACAAACAGCAAAGAGGCACUACGGAAACAGGUAUAGCAGUAUCAAAGCCUUUCACAACAGUUAAGUACAAAAAUGAGGGUCCAGAUUAUAGACUCUACAAGAGUGAACCAGAGUUAACAACUGUGGCAGAAGUUGAUGAAUCUAAUGGAGAAGAAAAAUCAGAACCUGUUUCAGAAAUGGAAGCUUCAGUUAAAGGUUCCCACUUUCCUGUUGGAGUGGUGUCUCCAAGAACAAAGUCACCAACACCCGAAUCUUCGACAAUAGCCUCAUAUGUGACCUUAAGGAAAACGAAGAAGAUGGUGGAUUCAAGAACGGAAAGACCAAGGAGUGCAGUGGAGCAACUGUGUUUGGCGGAAACUACUCGACCUAGGAUGACCGUGGAAGAACAAAUGGAAAGAAUAAGGAGGCAUCAACAAGCAUGCUUACGGGAAAAGAAGAAAGCAUUAAAUGUUAUUGGUGCUUUAGAUCAGUCACCCUUACAGAGUCCUUCAAACUUAAGGGAUAAUCCAUUCAGGGUUAUUACCCAGACUCGAAGGAAGGAUGAUAACAGUAAGGACCCAGACACUGUCAUUCGAGAAAAUGACGUAAAGCCAAACCACGAAACUCCUGCAGAGGAAAUUGUUCGACUGAAAGAAGCUGAACCUCAAAACACAAAUUUCAGUGAAGAGUUUAAAAAAACAGAAAAUGUUUUAUACGAAACACUUCUCAAGCCUGAACCAAAUGGCGUAAAUUCUGAGGAAGUGACGGAUAAAGGAAGAAACAAAGAAAACAUGCCAGAAGAUGUUUCAUGCAGCCCUCAAGAUGAGACACAGAUCACAAAUCAUAAGUCAGAAGGCCAUCCUGAAGAAAAUGCAGAGGACAAUAUUGAGGAGCAGGAAGAAAGUGUUGUUUCUUAUGAACUAACUCCUGAGGCUUCUAAAGGGAACCAAACAAUGACAGUGAAAAGCCUGCCCUCGUCUCCGGCGUCCUCCGCGUCCCCGGGCCCGCCCGCCCAGCCGCAGCUCACGGAGGGGUCGCAUUUCAUGUGUGUGUAG